UAAUGUUCACAGAACUGAACAAAAUAAAAAUUUGAACUCCAAUCUCGAGUCGUUCGCAUCGUCUUGUUCCAAAGUUCAAUUCGUAUUAUUAUUGCACUUAUGUUCAUGCUUUUAAACUUUUUCUAAUUAUCUUCACAUCCAAUAAUGGCAUCGUUAGUUAAAUCUAUUAUUUUUAAUCAACGAAACAAAAUUUCAAGCACUUUGUUAAGAGCAUACUCAGCUAAGAGCGAUGUCACUCAGUAUGAAACACUGGCGGUGUCUGUGCCAAAAAAAAAUGUCUUCCAUGUGGAAUUGAAUCGACCAGACAAACUCAACACUUUCAAUGAGGCACUCUGGAAGGAUUUGGGUACAUGCUUCAAGUCUUUGCAUGAGAAUCCUGAAUGCAGAGUGGUCGUGCUGUCCGGUCGAGGGAAGCAUUUUACAGCUGGUAUUGAUCUCAAAAGUCUCCUGAGCAGUUUCACCAAAGCCAACGAGAUUGAGGACGCGGCGCGUAAAGCGAGGGUGUUCUAUCAGCUGAUCAAGAGAUUCCAGAUAAAUGUAGUACACCAGUUCAUUGUUAUCGGUGCUGGCGUCAAUCUGAUUACUGCAGCUGAUGUCAGGUACUGCACUGAAGAUGCCUGGUUUCAGGUGAAAGAGGUGCAGAUUGGUCUAGCUGGUGAUGUGGGUGUGUUGCAACGAUUACCUAAAGUGAUUGGCAGCGCGUCUGUAGCCAGGGAACUGUGCUAUACAGCUAGGAAGGUGUCAGCUCAAGAGGCGUUACAGAUUGGUCUGGUCAGCAAAGUGUUCCCCGAUAAGGAGACCGCUAUAAGCGAAGUGCUGAAUGUAGCUGAGACUAUAGCCAGCUUAAGUCCAGUGGCUGUUCAAGCGACGAAGCAGAAUCUCGUCUACUCUCAAGACAGGAUUAUCGCUGAUGGGUUGGACCAUAUAUGUUUAAUAAAUUCUAUAAACCAUCAGAGUGAAGAUAUAACCAAAGGUGCUAUCGCGCAAGUUACCAAAAGUGGACCAGCAGAGUAUGAGAAUUUGUAAAGAAAGCAAAAAAAAAAACAAGAUCACUUCAUUAGUAUAGAUUAUGGUUUCUCAACCUCAUUUUAAUCGCCGCCCACUUUGAGAAUAUUUGUUUUUCUAGCCUACAACUUUUAGAUAGAUAUAUAGAAUAUAUUUGUAACAUACUGCAAAAGGCAUAAACAAUAUAUUAAAGAAUACAUGUGUAGUUACAAUAAGCCGGCCUUACUGCUGACAGCAACAAUUUUUUCUUAUCAUCUGCCUUGAAUUUGAGGCAGUUAUAACCACAAUUAUAUUUAAACGUGAUUUUGUAUUUAAAACCAAAAAGCAGCUAUCAAAUCAAGUCAAAAAUCAUUUAUUGAUGUAGGACAUUUUAGGCAUUAGGUUUGAACGUAAAUUUUUUUGUGUUAAUAGUUUUUUUAGAUAAAGAAUAUAUCAAUAUACUCAUCUCUUUUUAUCUCAUUGGGUUAGACAAAGAAAGUCAUAUAUGUUCAUAUAAUUAUUAUUGAUUUUUUCUGCUACCAAGCAACUAGCUUUGUGAGACUUUAACUCAAAACAGUAUCUGUUUCUGAAAUCUCACAUAGCUAAGAGUCAUAAUAGCCCCUUAGUCCUUUGGAAUGGCAAUGCACGAGACUUAUCAUGGUCGUCACGUGAUGACGUGAUGUCGUGAUGCACCGAUACACAAAGUAUGUAUAUAGGCGAU